AUCACUAUCGGAGGCUGGAAUGGAUCGGGUAAGACGGCCAGUCUACCCGGCACUCCGGCUUCGGCUUCUGGAUCGAGGACGAGAGCGGGAACGAGGUCUGCCAGUGCGGUAGAGAGCCCUCUUGCUAAGAAGGGGAGGACGCUAGAAGGAUCACUGCAGCGAUUGAUACAGCAGCUUCGAAAACGCGAUAAUUAUGCAUUCUUCUUACAACCGGUGGAUGAGAAAGAGGUACCGGGAUACCGGAGUGUCAUCAAGCAUCCUAUGGAUCUUGGAACGAUGGGGCAAAAGGUGGACAAAGGACGGUAUAGAUCGAUAGACGAGUUUAGGGAGGACUUUCUCCUGGUCACAACCAACGCGAAAACGUUCAAUCCACCUUCCACUAUCUUUCAUUCCGAGGCUGCCAAGCUCGAAAAGUAUGGUCUAGACGCCAUCAACAAAGCGCAGCAGAAGUUGACCGAGGCGGAGCUACAAGCACAAGCUCUUGCAGAGACGCAGGCUGCAUCGGCAGUAGCUGCCCAAGCAGAAUACGAACUCCGCCAUCAGGACGAUCUUAUCAAGGUGGAGAGCGACGGUGAAGGAGAGGAUGGGAUGCGCGCCGAGUCCAUGGAGCGCGGCAGCCGCUCAGUUUCUGCUGCCCCGACACCUGGAGGAGGCGCAACUCAGAUGCGGCUAGGAAAGCGAAGAGGCGGGUACAGACCGAGAGGGGCACCGAAAAGUCUUGAUGAGCUGUGGAAGAUACCUGGACCUGAAACGGGGAUUGGGGCUUUCCCCCGUGGGAGCGACUUCGCAGGAUUAAUGCUCGAGUUUGAGAUCAUGGGAAGGAAAACUCUUACAAAAAAGGAACGAAUAAAGCUGGAACGACACCCGUUGAAGCGCCCUAUUGCGCCCGACGGUAGCAUCGACUACGCGGAGAUGGAAGAUCCGUUCUCCUUCCUCUCUGUGUUCCUACCAGAGCGCUUCGGCUUGCCUGAGCUAGACCUCGUCCCCGCCGCUUCCACAGGUAACUUGCCGAAGCAAAAAUAUGAAACGCCUGCCUAUCCUAGCGUAUAUGCACCCGUUUCUGUUCCUCCAACUAUCAUCUCCAUGCGGACGGCUGCUGAAAACGCGCCUGUCGAGGACGAAGGUGUUCACUGGACCGUCCAACGACCGGGAAUGAACAGCUACCGAAGCUAUGUUGCACGAGAAGAGGAGGAAAUGCGCAAGCAGGCCGAACGAGACAGCCAAGCCAAAGAACUCGAAGCUCGUGACCCCGCACCGACAGAUUGGGGUAGUUUCGGCACGCUACCCAUGAAGUGGUCUAUUGGUGACAACACUUGGUACUCCGAUGAAUCGAAACUCCACAUGAAGAUCCGCGAGGACAUCCGGAAGGCUGCUGAGCGCCUCCGAACAGGGAAAAGGAAGGCUGAUGCCAAGCCAAGUGACGAGCGCCAGAAGGAGCUGGAGAAGGCUGCAUUCGGUGGAGAGGCUUGGCUCAGAGAUGUUGUCUAUGGCGGGCCCGAAGGCAUUGCUUACGUGCAAAGCGUGGCCUCGUUUGUCGACAAGGCGAUGAAGUACGCUCAGGAGGGCAAUGAAGAAACCACUGGUGACUCGCGGGUCAAGAUUGAAGAGGAUAUCGACAUGGAUGAUGCCCAGGAGCGACCCUCAAAGCGGAGACGCAUCGAGCAGGUCGAUGAAAGCGUUGUUUUGCCUACACCAUUGCCAGAAUACGUUUCCGACCUAGUGAUCGACCCCCUUACUAGCGGUCUACACGAGAUUCUUGACCGCAUCGGGGAGGCGAUAGAAGAUCCAGACCUCCCUCUUCCUCGGCACCUUCCACAGCUCGGCAAACACCUCGAAAAUUCAGUCAACCUAGUGCCCGAAGCAGAAGGCCGACUGUCGGAGCUUAACAGUGUCGUCGGAGAUCAGCUGGAUAUGGGAGCUGUGCUCCGGGCACCGGACGAGUUCUUCUAUAAGGAUGAUGAGUGGACCGAACGAAGUAAGAAGGCCCCAGCGGCCGAGGAGACGAACACAUCAACACCUAUAGCCGCGGCGAAUGGUGCCACACUCUCGCCGGCCUCUCCAGCGUACAUCAACUAUGGGCUUGCCAAGGCUGCAGAAUCGAUCCUCCGGUUGUCACAGGCAGUUCACCCUGCGCCAUCCACAUCCUCCACCCAAACGUCGGACGGGACCGCGGUCGACGCUGUGGCUGGUUCAGAAGAUGGAGAGAAAGUGGACAACGCGAGCGACGAAGACCCUGAGAUGAGGAAGCUCAGGCUCAACUUGCUCACCAUGACCAGGCAUGUUCCCCUGGCUGAGCUGGCUCCUCUCAAACCGGAGCUCAUACCCGGUCACGUGAGACAUCUAUUCCCUGCUAGAAUUGGUGGUGAGGGUGAGUGAGCGUUUGCCUGUAUCCUGUGUUGCUGUGUUUUAUGGGAGAAGAUGAUAGAGCAUUUGUAU